UUUUCAGAACCACACUUGAAAAUGGAGAGUCGGAAACGGAAAUCAGAGCUCGAGCACUACAUCGACAAAUUGACGGAUCCACCUGAGAAGCAGAGAAAGAUGGCAGAAUUUUAUAAUAGUUUGCGAAUGUUCUACAAAAGAAGGUGGAAUGCAACACUAAAGCUUCCACAUGUUCAAGGAGUUGAAGUGAAUCUCUAUCGGCUAUAUGACACUGUUAUGGCAUUGGGUGGAUGGCAGAAAGUAGCUGCAAGCGACAAAUGGUCUGAUAUCGCUGAAAUGUUCGGAUGCAAAGAUGAUAUUCUGUGUGGAGAUCAUGCGAUCAAAAUAAUCUAUAUGAGGUAUUUAUCGAAAUUCGAACAAGUAGAAACUAUCGGAGAUGUUGAUGAUUAUGUGGACAAUGAAAUGUCAAGAAGUCGUGGAAGAAAUGCUACUUCAUUCUUUGCUACGAAUGAAUGUCCAAUUAGUAAUAAUCGGAUGGUCCAAGAAUACCAGCACAGAGAUGAGAGAGGACAGAUUAUCAAUGAACCGGACUAUGCAAGACUUACAAAGUCUCUGAUAUCUGGAUUGCCGAACGAAAUCGAUUUUGCAAUGAAUGUUUGUAUGCUCUUGUCACAUGCUGGUCCGAAACAAUUGCGAAUAUGUCAUGCACCAACUCUUCUAACUUUAUUGGUUGCUCAUACGGGUGUUUAUGAUGAAGACGAUGAAACUAUGGCUGACAUGGGAAAAGAAUGGAAGAGGACAACUAAACACAACUUCCGAGAUUUUUGGGCAUCCUCCGGAGUGCCCCUUGAUAUGCUCAUGACAUUUUUGGAUCGUGAAAUCGAAGCCGAAUACAUCGAUGAGGAUGAUCAAUUUUUCACUGGUGUAUCCGAAACCUUCAAUGUCAAAGAUUCGCGAUGCUGGCGUCUGAAUCAAGUGACAACUAUUAUACGAAACCUGUCUUUCGAACCUGCCAAUCGCGUUACUAUUGUGAAGACUUGGCCUGUCAUGAAGUUCCUCAUUAUGUGUGCAUCUUGCAAAUGGUCUCCGCUAUAUGUUGCUGCACUCGACGCACUGAGCAACUUGGCAACUGAUAUUGAUCUCACCGACAAAACACUGGUAUAUAUCUCCCAACACGCAAUACUUCGCAUAAUUACUGAUGGCAUCUUCAGUUUGGAUAAAUUCAAGCUGGUUCGAUCUCUGGAGAUUUUGACAGGACUUUGUGGAUUUGAAGGCAACGAAGCAAUCAUCUGUGAUUGGCUCAACUCUGCAACAAUUGCUCACAUUUUUGAAGUCGUUGGAGUAAAGGACAUUAUGAUGUGUGUCUAUACUCUUGAAUGUCUAUACCAAAUCUCGGAAAUGGGUGACACGGCAUGUGAUUUGAUUUCUGAGUCGCCAAAAGCAAUUCAGCAGCUCGUCUCCAUGGCAACUCUGGAAGCAGUCUCAUUUGGACCAGCCGGACUCGCCGGAAUGAAAGUUGUUGAAUAUCAGCCAAGUUUCACACAGGGAUCAAAUCAACAGCAAAAUCCCCAUCAUUCUCAAGGUGGUCAUCAAUUAGGACACUCAAAUGUUCGAAUGGGUGGAUUGAAUCAUAAUCAACACCAUCAACAAAUUGGCCCACCAGGAGCACCUGGAGCAGCACCGAUGACUGUAAGACAAGUCAUUCAAAAUAAUCUUGCUCUUCAGCAAGUACAAAGAGAAAAUCUGAACAGGGAGCAGUAUUCAACUCAGUCUAGUCAACCUCACCCACCACACACAAAUGUGCCGCCUUCCCCAUCCAUUUUAGCUCAUCACUCUUCCGGACUUGUUCAGCAAAAUGGAAUGAAAUUCGAUCGUCGAACUGGGAAUCUUCCUGUUCGUCCAAUUGCUCCAUCUACAAAUUCGGGAGAAUCACAAUUGGAACAGCUAACCGAGAAAUGGAUCAGGCAGAAUUGUGUUUUCGAACCCGCAAUGUCUACUCCACGAGGGGAGCUUUAUGCGGCAUAUGUAGAUGAUUUAAGAAAUCUCUACCAUUCGAUGAGUGGAAGUUUAGCAAUGUUCAGUGGAGUUAUGAAGAAUUUGUAUCCGGAUGUGAAUUUCCGAAUGGCUCAAAAUGGAAUAAUGAUAGUGGCUCAAGGUAUUCGACUUAUUCGUCCGCAUCGACUUGCUCCAGCCGCUUCUCAGUCUGCAAGUGAAUCACAUCCUUUAAUGAAAAAAAUGCUCACGUCAGAACCCAAAGAAGAAAAUGGCGUCUUGAUUAAUGGGCACGCUGUACAAGAAUCUGGCGCUGAACGAAUUAUCAAAACCGAGCCAAUCAGAACAGACGAGCCGUCCGUGUUAAUUGAAUCACAGGAGCAAAGUGUUCCGAAAAAACAAAAUGAUAUAAAUGGAGAAGAAACCGAUGAAGUGGAGCUGAAUUCAAAAAUAGUGACCCCAGAGAAGAAAUCUAUCACCAAUGGAACCGUGGAAGUGUGCCAAGAACCAAUCCAAGCUUCAAAGCUGUUCGAUGAAAAUUACGCUAAUCAGAUUGAAGGAAGCGAAGUGUCGAUCGAGAUUCGCGAGCAGUUUGUGAAUGACACGGAUAAUGUUAAAUUGGAAUCGGAGAAAAUCAACGGAAUCAUCUGCAAUGGUAACUCGAAAGUGAAAAAAGAGUCAAUGGCAAGCAGAGCUGCUCAUAUUGUUGCUGUAGCAGCUGCCUGCAACGGAGAUUUAGAGAGAAUGAACGUGGUUAGCAAUGGAAAUGAUAUCGAGAAGGAAAUCGAGAAAGAAACAGAAAAGGUAGAAGAAGAAACAAAUGAAGAAAAAAACAAAGAAGUGGUUGAAACGGAGGUUGUGGAUGAUGCCCAAGAAUCAGAAAAACGAAAAUGUGUUCCUCCAUCUUCGAAUCCUACCGAUUAUAUGUGUGAUUGGGAUUGUUGUUCCAUUUAUUAUGCUUCUCCAUCACACGUGCUCAAACAUUUGUCGGAAGAGCACGUCGCAGAGGAGCUAAGAUUACUGUGUCGCUGGAACGGAUGUGCUGAUCCAACACCUCGUAAUCGUUGGUCACUGAUUACUCAUAUCCAGGAUUCGCACUGUAAUGAAGCUCAAUUAAAAGCGGCUUCACAAAAAAGAAAGGAAGGUGGUGGAAUUGCUCCAGUUCGUGGAGCACCGCGUGCUGAAGUUAUCUCCCGUGAUAUCAAUAAUCAUCCUGGUUACGCGAAAAAUGCCGCGUUCGAUGCCAUCCGAAGACACGCUUUCAAUUUCUUGUCUCGAGAACUCACGGAUGAAGCAGAAGGACCAGUGACAAAGAGUAUUCGUCUAACAUCCUGUCUUAUUUUGAGAAAUCUUGCAAGAUAUUCAGCUGAAGGACGACAAAAACUCCGACGGCACGAAUCACACAUUUGCUGGCUGGCUCUAUCUCGAUUGGAAAGUGCACAUGCUCUCUCACAACUUCUUUCUGAACUACAUCAAGCUCCUGCUGCAGAAGAAGAACAACAAAAAAUGCUUUCGGAGGUUCCGUCAUCAGCAUCUCUAUCAUCAAUGGCUGGAAGCUCUUCACAAUUGCCAACAGUACCUGACUCACCAACUUCUUCUGUAGCAUCAGCUCCGAUGAAAGAGUCGACCUCUGUUAGCAAUAAACCGACAGUUCACAUUAAUAGAAUGCUCAAUUUCUCGUCACUUAACGAAAAGACACCAACAAGUCCGCAAUUCACAGCUGGAUCUAGCCCCCACCGUCAUCAGCCAAUUCAACAACACAUUCCCAGCCAGCCAUCUCCUCUCGUGCAGACUACUCCAGUUCGUGCUGGAGCUGGAAUCUAACUACUUUUCAAACAUAAUCGUUUUCUUCUUGUUAUCAUUGUUUUUCAUCCUUGUGCCCUUCUCCUCUUAUUUGUUUCACUUUUUUGUGUCUACAUUCAUCCAAACGAUCGUAGCGGGCAAUGCCACCGGUCUUAUAUUUUUCAAUACUUUGUACCAUAAACAGAACUGCUGAUUAUUUUCAGAAAAUAGUUCCAAAUUCCAAAAAUUUCCAAUCAAUUUACAACUUUAAUCUACAUUCUCUUCAAAAUUUAAUGGUGAAAAUCGGAACAUAAACGGGUCGUUCCUUUCCUCUCUCUCUCCAUCCUAUCUCCAACUCCGUUUUUUAUUCCGUCUCACCAAUUCAUAACCUUUUUGUAUUUAAUAUAUUCCAACGCGGUUGUCUUUACCUUCAAGAAACUGAAAAGAUCUUCCACAUCACCCUCCCUUUUCCCCAUCAUUUAUCACUUGUCGUUCAAAACUCUAAUUUCGUAUUCUGCACCAAACAAGUGGCUAUGUACGUUUUUCAUCUUGAAAUUCGUUUUUUUUUGUCAAAUCAGUCUACAUUUCUUUUCCCAUGUAUUACUGAACUACAAACGCAACUUUCAAACUCUUUUCAAUAUAAUGAACUAUUCAUACUCAUUGAUUAAAU